AUGAGAUCUUUAACUUCUGUUAAAGUAUGCUUCCUGGCUUAUUGCCUUACCUUCUUGUAUGUUUCAUCACCAAAUUGGGUUGCUUUUGCUUCUAAUACGGAAGCAAAGGCUCUUCUCAAAUGGAAAGCUAGCUUAUUUCAAAACAAGGCCCUCAAUAUUCUCACCUGGCGGUACCCUCCCAGUAAUAAUGCCACCAAUUCUUCCACCAAUCCAAAAGAACAUACAGUCACAUGCACUUGGACCGGUGUUUCAUGCAACACAGCUGGAAGUGUUAACAAGAUAAACCUCUCCACUUGUGGUAUACAAGGUACGCUACUUGAGUUUUCAUUCUUGUCCUUCCCGAAUCUUGAACAUCUUGACCUCAACAGGAACAAACUCUUUGAUGCCAUCCCACCUCAAAUCAGUUACCUCUCCAAACUCCACUAUCUUGAUCUCUCUCUCAAUCAAUUGUCCGGGAGAAUCCCAUCAGAAAUCGGUCUCCUAAGAAAUCUUACCUUUCUCGGUCUCUAUGAAAAUACAUUCUUUGGGGAUAUUCCCAAGGAAAUAGGUAACCUCAAAUCCCUUGUGGAGCUAUAUUUGUAUAAGAAUAAAAUCAAUGGUUCAAUUCCACGAUCACUAGGCAAUCUAACAAGCCUUACCCAUCUUUAUCUCUAUACCAAUCAACUUUCUGGUUCUAUUCCUAAGGAGAUAGGUAACAUGGAGUCUCUUGUAGAUCUAGAGUUGUCCUCCAAUACUUUAAGUGGUGUCAUCCCUCCAAAUAUUGGUCACUUAAAAAAGUUAAACACUUUGUACUUGUAUACCAAUCAACUCUUUGGUUCUAUUCCCAAAGAGAUAGGGAACUUGAAAUCUCUUGUGGAUCUACAAUUGUAUGAGAAUCAGCUCAAUGGCUCAAUUCCAAGAUCACUAUGCAAUCUCACAAGCCUUACCAAUCUUUAUCUCUAUGCUACUCAACUUUCUGGCACUGUUCCCAAUGAGAUAGGUAACAUGAAGAGUCUUGUGAUUCUAGACUUGAGUGGGAAUCAACUCAGUGGUUCAAUUCCAAAAUCACUAGGUCAUCUAACUAGCCUUACCCUUCUUUAUCUCUUUGGCAAUAAACUUUCUGGCAUUAUUCCCAAUGAGAUAUGUAACCUGAAGUCUCUCGUAGAUCUACAAUUGGCCUUCAACACUUUAACUGGUUUCAUCCCUCCAAAUAUUGGUAACUUAAAAAAGUUAAACACCCUGUACCUGAAUACCAAUCAACUCUCUGGUUCUAUUCCCAAAGAGAUAGGUAACAUGAAAUCUCUUGUGGGGCUAUAUUUGUAUGGGAAUAAACUCAACGGUUCAAUUCCAAGAUCACUAGGUGAUCUAACAAGCGUUACCCAUCUUUAUCUCUAUGCCAAUCAACUUUCUGGUUAUAUUCCUAAGGAGAUAGGUCACAUGAAGUCUCUUGUAGAUUUAGAGUUGUCCUCCAACACUUUAAGUGGUCUAAUCCCUCCAAAUAUUGGUAACUUGAAAAAGUUAAACACUUUGUACUUGCAUAUCAAUCAACUUUCAGGUUUAAUUCCCAAGGAAAUAGGAAAUUUGAAAUCUCUGGUGGAUCUACAGUUGCAUGAGAAUCAACUCCGUGGUUCAAUUCCUAUUUCAUUUGGUACCCUCAGCAACUUGGAAUUCUUAUACUUACGGGAUAACCAACUUUCCGGCUCCAUCCCCAAAGAGAUAGAGAGUCUCAAGAAGUUGAUUGGCCUGCAAUUGGAUAGCAACCAAUUUUCGGGUUAUUUGCCCCAAAAUAUUUGCCAAGGUGGAAAACUCACAAACUUUACAGCAAGCACCAAUCAUUUAACUGGCCCAAUCCCCGAAAGCUUGAAAAAUUGUACGAGCUUAGUCAGAGUCCGUCUUAACCAGAACCAAUUGACAGGCAAUAUAUCUGAAGACUUUGGUGUUUAUCCGAAUCUUGAUUUUAUAGAUGUAAGCCACAAUAACUUGUACGGUGAAAUCUCUUACAAGUGGGGGCAGUGCCCACAGUUAAAAACUCUACGACUUGCGGGAAACAACCUUACUGGGAACAUACCACCUGAGAUUGGAAAUGGAACCCAAAUUAAUGGGCUGGAUCUUUCUUUAAAUAAUUUAGUUGGGAUGAUUCCAAAGGAAUUCGGGAGACUGACUCUUUUGGUGAAGCUGAUGUUGAAUGGAAAUCAGCUUUCGGGCCGUAUUCCCUUGGAAUUGGGAUCAUUGAUUGAUCUUGAAUAUCUUGACUUGUCAACAAACAAAUUCAAUGAGUCAAUUCCGAGCACUCUAGGUGACUUGUUCAGACUACACUACUUGAAUUUGAGCAACAAUAAGAUGGCUCAAGCAGUUCCAAUAAAGUUGGGAAAAUUAUUUCAAUUGACCGACCUGGAUUUAAGUCAUAACUCACUUGAAGGUAAGAUACCAUCAGAAUUAAGCACUAUGGAGAGUCUGGAGAAGCUCAAUCUGUCCCACAACAAUCUUUCUGGUUUCAUUCCCAUGAGCUUUGAAGGCAUGCACGGCUUGUCAUAUGUUGACAUAUCCUACAAUCACUUGGAAGGUCCCCUACCGAACAACACUGCAUUUCGAAAAGCUCCGCCAGAAGCAUUAAAAGGGAACAAAGGAUUGUGUGGCAAAGUUGGAGCUCUGCCACCCUGCAAUGAACAUGGGACAAAAAAGAACCAAAAACGGGUAUUUAGAAUCACAUUCUCCCUUCUAGCAGUAUUCAUACUUCUAUCUGCUUUCUUUACAAUUGUCUUUGUAGUGCAAAGGAAGAAGAAGCAUCAGGAUAAAGAACAAAACAAUAUGCAUGCAGAAAUUUCCUUUUCAGUUUUAAAUUUUGAUGGAAAAUCAAUGUAUGAUGAAAUCAUAAGGGCAACAUCAGAUUUUGAUUCCACAUAUUGCAUUGGGAAGGGAGGACAUGGAAGCGUCUAUAGAGUGAAUUUGCCAUCUGGAGACAUAGUGGCUGUGAAGAAACUCCAUCCGCUAUGGGAUGGCGAGACAGAAUUUCAGAAGGAGUUCUUGAAUGAAGUAAGGGCACUCAGUGAGAUAAGACAUCGGAAUAUUGUGAAGCUCUAUGGUUUCUGCGCACAUAAACGACACUCGUUUUUGGUGUAUGAGUAUCUUGAAAGAGGUAGCUUGGCUGCAAUGUUGAGCAAAGAUGAAGAAGCAAAAGAGUUGGGGUGGAGUAAAAGGGUGAAUAUUGUUAAAGGCUUAGCUCAUGCCUUGUCUUACAUGCACCACGAUUGCUUGCCACCGAUUGUACAUCGUGACAUCUCAAGCAAGAACAUUUUGUUGGAUUCUGAAUAUGAGGCAUGUGUUUCAGACUUUGGCACUGCUAAGUAUUUAAAUCCAGACUCAACUAAUUGGACUGCCGCUGCAGGCACAUAUGGCUACAUGGCACCAGAGCUUGCAUAUACAAUGGAAGUGAACGAGAAGUGCGAUGUUUAUAGCUUUGGAGUUGUCACACUGGAAAUAAUUAUGGGAUGCCAUCCAGGAGAUGUUGUCUCAUCUUUAUCAUCUGGGGCGUCAUCGUCGUCCUCACCUGCAUCACCUUUUUAUGAUGAAAUGCCAAUUUCGGAUGUUCUGGACCAACGCAUCUCCUCGCCUACAAAUCAAGAAGCAAGGGAGGUGGUCUCUAUUGUGAAGAUGGCAUUUGCAUCAUUGAAUCCCAGUCCGCAGUCUCGUCCAACAAUGAAGAAAGUUUCUCAGCUACUCUCAUCAACUCAGAGGCUGCAUUUGUCAAAACCAUUACAUAUGACAACGUGUGGUGAAUUGUUUGCUCCUGAUGGAUUCACUACCUGAUCAGGAAAAGUACGCUGCUUUUCUGUAUUUGACUUCAUUUGUGUCUGCCUUGUUCUUAUUCUUCUUAGAUGUUUGGCUUAUUUGUAUUCUGCUUCAUUCUGUCUUUAGGCUCAGCUUCAAUAAUGGUUACUGGUAUAUAGAAAUGUUUUUCCUUUUAUGUAUGUAGUAUUUAUGUCUCAUGUUACCACCUAAAGUAUUAUGAAUAUGUUAUUGCAAUCUUGCAAUUAGCCCAACUCUGUCAAACAUUUCGUUAAACAUUCAGUCAUGGUGCUAUGUUC